GUGAAUGCAUCAGAAGAAAAUGGCUGCGCCCUGUAGAAGGAUGGCGAGUCGGUCUCUCCUACAGUUUCUGUCCGGUUUUAGGAGGACAGCGGCGGGGAAACCGGGACUUCUGGUUUCUUUCGGGACUUCUGCUUGUCGGACGACCCCGCAGACCAAAGCGGUGCCGGACAGGGGGGGGUCUCCGUGGACUCUCAUGGCGGCGGUGUGUCUGCAGAGGCUUCCGGUCAUUUCAGCGGACUGCAGCCUGAUAGAGCAGCAGUUCAAAGAGAUGCUGCAGCAGAUGGAGUUUGAGAAAAGUUUGCUGUCAGACCACGAGCAGCGUCUGCUGGAGGACGCCGAGCGGCUGAGCAGGAAGCAGGCGGACGACUACGACUCGGACGAAGAGGACGACGGCAGGGGCCAGGAGAUCGUGUUGGCUCAGGACCUGGAGGACUCGUGGGAGCAGAGGAUGAAAAAGUUCCAGCCGGCGAAGAGAGUCCGAGGUCGGUUUAAGGAAAGGGCUAAUACAACACUUAAUUAUACAAGUGCAUUAACUUUAGGGAACAUCUGCACUUCAGUCCACCUCCCGCCGAAUCAGCUGACAGGUCGUUCUCUCUCCUCCGCAGCAGCUGCUUUCAAGGCGACUUUCCUGGGAAACGCCCCCUGCGGAGUCUACAAGUACAAACUGCCCCGAGCGGCUCGGACGGAGAGCACGGUGGGGACCAAGGUGUUCUUCUUCAAAGCUGUCCUGUCAGACGACGGCCCCCCCGCCGCCGCCGCCGCUCCAAACGCUUCAAACGCUUCAAACGCUUCUCUGCUGUGGUUAAAGAAAGACGAGCUGCAGCGCUACCUGAAGCCGGCGUACAUGAUGAAGGUCGAACGCUUCGUCAGCGUGUGACGUCCAAAAUCACAGAGCGGGGGCGCUGCCUCACAGAGAGAGAUUCAUGAGGCCCCGGGUUAGACGCCCUUGUUGCUUCUCGGUCAUCCUGUAACAUCAGCUGUUCACUCGUUAAUAAAUGUUGUUCAGUGUAUCAAUAAAAAGUUUUUCCACAUC